AAGAGGAAGCUUGUGGGCCAGCCACCUAGUUCUGCCUGUGUCCCAGUGAGGAGGAGCUGCUCAGGAGAAGAUGAAGCCCAUGUCCCUGCUAAUAGACAUGUUGAUAAUUCUUGAGGUCACAAUUAAAUAUAUUGAAGCAGGAAAACAUAACAAAAAGCAAAAAGAAAGAAAUGUCACCACACAGGUAUCAGUGAAUGAAAUCAAGCUAUUUUUAUCAAAUAUAUUGGAAAGAAGAAACUCGAUUAAUGUAAUCAAUGAAAAAGAAAAUCUCUUAGAAAAAAAGGAGAAUCAACAUAAUUUAGGAAUAAAAGAAAUUCAAAAUAAAGAUCUCUGGAAAAGAGAGAAAAAUCAUUUAGGAAAGCAAGCAAAGAAAAAUACCGUAGAUGAAGGAGAUCAGCUUUUUAAGAUGGGCCUCAAGAUUCUUCAUCAGUCUAAAAGCCAAAAACAGAAAGCAGAAGCCUACCUACUCUUUGCCAAAGCAGCUGACAUGGGAAACUUGAAAGCUAUGGAGAAAAUGGCUGAUGCUUUGCUAUUUGGAAGUUUUGGCACGCAGAAUGUUACAGCAGCGAUCCAACUGUACGAGUCCUUGGCCAAAGAAGGAUCAUAUAAAGCCCAAAACGCAUUAGGAUUUUUGUCUUCUUACGGAAUAGGAAUGGAAUACAAUCAAGCUAAGGCACUGAUAUAUUAUACCUUCGGAAGUGCUGGAGGAAGCAUGAUGUCCCAGAUGAUUUUGGGGUACAGAUAUUUGUCAGGAAUCAAUGUUCUACAGAAUUGUGAAGUUGCCCUAAAUCAUUACAAGAAAGUGGCAGAUUAUAUGGCUGACAAAUUGGAAAAAAGUGAAGGUAUUCCAGUGGAAAAAGUGAGACUAACUGAAAGACCUGAAAAUCUGAGUUCUAACAGUGAGAUUUUGGAUUGGGACAUAUACCAAUACUACAAAUUUUUGGCUGAAAGAGGAGAUGUUCAGAUACAGGUAUCUCUUGGACAAUUACAUCUAAUUGGGAGGAAAGGUCUCGAUCAGGAUUACUUUAAAGCAUUAUACUACUUCUUAAAGGCAGCGAAAGCUGGAAGUGCAAAUGCCAUGGCGUUUAUAGGAAAGAUGUACUUGGAGGGGAAUGCUGCGGCACCACAAAACAACGCAACUGCCUUCAAAUACUUCUCCAUGGCAGCGAGUAAGGGCAAUGCGAUUGGUCUUCAUGGGCUCGGCCUUCUUUACUUUCAUGGGAAAGGAGUUCCUGUGAAUUAUGCAGAAGCACUUAAAUACUUUCAGAAAGCUGCAGAGAAAGGAUGGCCCAACGCACAGUUUCAGUUAGGCUUCAUGUACUACUCUGGCUCUGGAGUAUGGAAGGAUUAUAAACUUGCCUUCAAAUAUUUUUACUUGGCAUCUCAGAGUGGGCAGCCCCUCGCCAUUUAUUACCUGGCCAAGAUGUACGCCACGGGAACGGGAGUGUUGCGAUCAUGCAGAACCGCCGUGGAGCUUUAUAAAGGUGUCUGCGAACUAGGCCACUGGGCUGAGAAAUUCCUGACAGCGUACUUUGCCUACAAGGAUGGUGAUAUAGACUCUUCUCUUGUUCAGUAUGCACUACUUGCAGAAAUGGGGUAUGAAGUAGCUCAGAGCAAUUCAGCAUUCAUUUUGGAAUCCAAAAAGGCUAAAAUUCUUGAAAAAGAGAAGAUGUAUCCAAUGGCACUCCUCCUGUGGAAUCGAGCUGCCAUUCAAGGCAAUGCAUUCGCUAGAGUGAAACUUGGAGAUUACCACUACUAUGGCUACGGGACUAAGAAAGACUAUCAGACAGCAGCCACACAUUACAGCAUCGCCGCCGACAAGCACCGCAGCGCACAGGCCAUGUUCAACCUGGCCUAUAUGUAUGAACACGGCUUAGGUAUCACAAAGAACAUUCACUUGGCCAGGAGACUAUAUGAUUUGGCUGCUCGAACAAGUCCGGAUGCUCACAUACCUGUGUUCUUUGCCCUCGUGAAACUGGAAACUGUGCAUUUGCUCCGAGAUAUCCUGUUUUGUAAUUUUACAAUGAGAUGGAAAUGGAUGAACUUGGGCCACACCCUUGGACCACACUGGGAUCUAUUUGUGAUUGGCCUAAUUGUUGCUGUGCUGAUCUUCUUGCUUAGAAAUCACUACGGGUAGGAUCUGGAACGCAGGAAAAUCUGCUCACAGGAACCAGUUCACUUCAAGUUAUCUUCACUAAAUAAAGAGUUUCCUCAUCAGACUCCAGUCGGCUUCAAAUUUCUGAUAUAGGCCUGGGAUGGAAAAUGGACCAAGGUUGGGACCCGUCCUCUGAGAAACCAUUUCAGAUGUCUUGCUUAGUUGAGAUGACCACUUUGGGGAGAGGGGGUGCUGGGGACUGAUUGCCUAAGAUUUCCUUACAAA